AAAAUGAUAGAUCAAUUAUUAAAAGCUACACAAGAAGAACGCUGGCCUGAAGCAGAAAAACUACUUUAUCGUCAUUGGGUUAGUACAGCACAAGAUGUUUAUCCUGCUCUAAUAAAAGAGCCUUGGAAUAAUUUUUUGGAUGAAGUUAAAAUUGAUAAUGAACUUAUUCAUCCACUGGCACAAAUGUUUUGUGUUGGAACUCCUGCCCAGGAAGAAGUCAAAGAGGAAGGCCAUCGAAAUAUUUCUUUGAGAAAAUUAAAUGAAAUUGUGAAUGUUGAGGAUGUAAAAUCGAAGGGUGGAAUUUGUGGAAGAAUGUUUAGAAAUGGAGAACCUAAUUAUAGUUGCAAGGAAUGUGCAACUGAUGGAACUUGUGUUUUGUGCUAUGAAUGUUUUGUUAAUUCUGCACAUAUAAAUCACAAAUACAAGAUGCACACUUCUAUGGGUAGUGGAUAUUGUGAUUGUGGAGAUAUAGAAGCUUGGUCUAAUGACUAUUUUUGUAAACUUCAUAUUCCAAAAAUUAAAGAAGAGGAAGAAAUGGAAGAAGGAAAGACUGAAAAUAUUGAUUAUAAUGGUUUACCUUCAAAUUUGGUCAAUCGUUUCCAUCAUCUUUCACAAAUUACAAUUAAAUUUGCUGUCAGUGUAUUGUGUUGGGAUCGGACAGAAGAAUUGCCUUCUACUGUGGAUGUUGAUUGGAUUCGUUUAGAGGAUGAAAUUAGCCAUACAAUUCUUUUUAAUGAUGAGACACAUACUUAUGAGGGGGUCAUCCGUGCAUUAAAACUGGCCAUUUUUGUUGCCCAUGACAAAGCAAUGAUGAUAGCUUCAAUUGUUGAUAGAGACGGUCGUUCUAUUGUACAAACAGGUGUUCGUCAAAGAUGUAGUGAAGUUAAACAGAUAAUUGAGGACCGUACAAGAAAAGAGGCAAAUCUUCGUACACAAAAAACUGGCCCUCUAUUAGUAAAAGUAUUUCGUUCUUCACUAUCAGGACUUCAGCUGCUAGCGAUUCGUUUGAUUAAUUGGUUAAGUCAACAAGCACAGGAUUGUUCCAUUCUCGCUCAAAUAAUUAGCGAAGUAUUGCUUUGUCUCUCUUCUGAAUGCAAUUUUGUUUUGACUUCUCCCAUCAAUACAAAAUUGGCCAAAAAAGUAAAGAAUCGUUUUGGAUUACAAGAAUGUUUGUCUGAAGAACAUGAAGGCCAUUCUCUAUAUUCUACAAUAUUUUUACUUUUUGAUAGACGUCUUUGGAAGGCAGCACGUACAGCUUUUCAUCAAUUAAUAAUGGCCACAGUUUUGAUGAAUAUUGAACAUAAAUAUAUUUUUGGACGUUUAUUUUUGGAGAACUAUAACGUAGUCUUUGAAGAUUUCAUUAAUGACGAUCAUGAACAUUCUGUUUCUAUUACUUCAAUGUCUGUACAGAUUUUUACAGUUCCAACAAUUGCCAAGCGUUUAAUUGCUGAUGCAAAUGCUAUUUAUGUUUGUAUGAAUGGAUUGAGAAUUUUUUGCAGUAAAUAUUUAAAAGCAGACAAUUCUAUUCCACGAAUGGAUUUUGCGACAGAUUCUUAUCCUGCAGUUUUACGAAGGGCACUUUAUAUGGUCAAUGAUGUUAGUUAUUUGUUGACUGUUGUUCCAAAACCAAAUGAAUGGACUUUUGAAUUAAGAAAAAAUAUUGUUAACGGUUCACAUGCAUUUUUAAAGUUUUUGGCUUAUAUGCAGAAUAUGGAUGAAAUAAAAAGACAAGUAUCAGAACAUCAAUUAAUGGAAAGUGAAUGGGAAACAGCAUUUAACAUUUUUCUUCGAAUUCAAGAGCCUCUUUCACUUUUACUUUCAUGGGCUAGAACAGAUGCAACUGUAAAUACUCAACUUUUUCAUUUGGCAAUGAAUCAAAGUUGUCGUACAUUUCAAUCUUCUGAUUUUAAAGAACGUGUUGAAGUUAAAGUUUAUGGACAUUCUGCUGAUUGUUACAAUUACCAAGUUGCAAAUUGUCCCAUAUCCAUUCAUCAACCACUUUGGCGUUUUAUUGGCGGACUUUUGUGUGCUCCAGAUGAAAUUUUAAAAUAUUACGAUUGCGACAUCAAAAAAAAUACUUUUGCGUUUUGUGAUAUUGAUGAGGACUUUCCUGAAAUUUCUGUUAAAUACAUUAAUUUGAAGGGAACAAGAGGCAUAUUGAUGGAAAUGCCAUUGAGAUCUCUUGUUUUAAAUGCUCAAGUUAGUUCAGCACAAAUUUGGAGGAGGAACGGGUUUUCUCUUGUUAAUCAGAUGCAUAAUUAUACUUCAAAUCUUUGCCGUACAGAAAUGUUUGAUAGAGAUGUUCAAUUGUUACAGGCUGUUGGUGCUUUAAUGGAACCAAACAUAUUUAUGAUUCGUAUGCUUGAUCGUUUUGGGUUAGCAAAAUGGGCACAACCUGACUUUGAGGAGUCAAUGAAUCAAAAUUAUGCAUCUGAUGGAAGCAGUAGAGAUGAGUCGAGCAAAAUUUUUUCUAAUAUUGCUGAGGAGAUGUUACAUUUAUUAAUUAUGUUGUUUGGAGAACGUUAUUAUAUUGGUUUGAGUGAGGGAGCAUCUCCACAGGGAACACUUGAGAGAGAAAUUAUUCAUAUACUUGCUACGGGUCCAAAGCCUUUUAGUUAUAUUGAAAAGUGUAUUCCUAAUGAUCCAGCCAUUCAAAGGCUUUCUUUAGAAAAUGCUGUUCGCAAUGUUGGAAAUUUUAAGAGAGCAAAUAAUGUGUCGAGUGGGCAGUUUUAUUUGAAGGAAUCUCUUCGUUCAGAGUAUAAUCCGUUCUUUUGGCAUUACAAUAAACAAUUGGCUUCUAUGGCAGAACAACAACAAAACAAAGAUAGAGCUGGACUCAGUCGUGAAUUAAAAGCUUGCCCGCCUCCUCUGCCACCACCUUUUUCACGCUUUUUUGCGCCUAUUCUCAGAAUUAUGGAAUCCUAUGUUUUUAUUAAAUUAAUAGACACAAUAAUUGAAAGAACUACAAGGCGAUCAAGAUUUGUUAGCGAUCAACUCUUUUAUCGUGCCAUAUUUUUGUUGGGAAUGGCUUUGAAUGAACAAAAACGUUGUAAUUCUCAGGGAACAAAAUUUAAUUUUAUUAAAAUGGCUACAAAAGAAGAAAUAUUUGAAAAACUUGAACGUUUAAUGAAUAAAUCUGAAUUGGAAACUCAUUCCGAUUUUCUUUGGUGGCUUAUGACGAAUUAUAAAUCUCUCUGUGUUCGAAAACAAGAUGAUAAGAAACUCGAGAAGAAAAUAGAAAGCUCUUCUGGACCCUCACAAAAAGCUGCGAUGGCAGCAAAAACACGUCAGCUUGCUUUGGAGAGGAUGCGUCAACUUCAAAAUUCAUUUAAAACACAAAACAUUAAACUUAUUGAUUCUGAACAAGAACAAGAUUCACAGUCAUCAAGCACCUUUGAUAUGGAUGAUGGUGAAAAAGCAACUCUCUUACCCGAUUCUGGAUUUCCUGUUUGUUGUGGAGACAAAAAAUCAGAUGUUCAAUUACGACCAGAACCUACCAUUAUGUGCGUUCUUUGUCAAGAGAAAGAGUCAAUCUCUUUUGAUGGAAAUCCAGUUGUUUGUUCUGCAUUUGUUCAAAAUUCCCGACUUUUUUCUCAAAAAUGUACAAGAAAUUCAAAUAGUUCGUUGUCUCGAUUAAUGAGUGAUCAAAUAGAUAUCUUUUCUUCUGUUAAUCUUCCAGAAGAAUUACAUAUUUCUACUUGUUCCCAUCUUAUGCAUUUUUCUUGCUAUAAUACAUUUAUUAAAGCUGCUUAUGUCCGUGAAAAUCUCCGUAGAAUGAAUGUUUUGAAUUCACAAAUGUUGGACACUGAAAUGGGUGAAUUCCUCUGCCCUUUGUGCAAACGACUUUCCAAUUGUGUUAUGCCAGUUUAUCCAUCCUAUCAUUCUUUGAAGGAUGUUACAGGAUUUUCAACUGAUCGCCCAUUUGAAAGUGGAACGUUUGAAACUUGGCUUAAUGAUUUGAAAGCUGCUUUAUUUACUCAAUCGGCUCCUGUGCAAGUUAAGGGGCACAGUCGAAAGAGAUCACAUUCUGAACGUUCUUUGGCAGAAUUGGCAAAAAGUGGCAGUUCUUCUACUCAAACAGCGGCAGAAGGGAUUGGUCAUUUAGUUGGUCUUAAUAUUGGAGAUGCUAGUGCUUCUCAAUCAAGCGUUGCCAGUCUCCCAUCUUCUUUUGUUGAUUCAACGCCAACAAUUGAGACUCAAAUAUCUCGAACUGCUUCUUCAGCAUCUCGAAGCACUUCUCCACUAUUUUCAAUUUCUGAUGCUAUAACAGGUCAAAUACAAACUGCAGAACAAUUAGAUGGACGUGGAGCUGCUCUUAUGCAUAUUAUGAUGCAACAUGUUUUUGGUGGAAAAAAUUUAUUUGGUGCUAAAAAGAUUCAACCAAAGGAAAUAACACAAGAAAACGUUCCUCCUUCAAUUCCACAUUGGAAUACUUUAAAACCAUUAACUAAAGCAAUGUUCAAGAUUCAAUUAACAGAAUAUGGUGUAUUGCCACAAAUCAAUCCAAAUAAUCGUGUUGUCAAAACAUUUAUUCGCAUAUUUGAAGUUGUAAAUAUACUCAAAGCCUGUGCGUUUCUAUUGCGUUCGGUAUCUUCUGAAUUGGAAACAGAAAAUAAACCUCUUUUUGGUGCAUUUAAUACACGACAGCGUGAUUGUCUAAACAACUUUGUAAGAGUUUCUAAUCUCAUUCCGUUUAAUUGCCAACCUUAUGGAAUUCAUGCACUUGUCACUCAACUUUUGACUCCUUUGUUGGCUCCAAACAGCAAUACUGGAGAAGGCGAAGUUGUUGAACCUUUUGUUGAUGAUAUUCCAAGUACAAGCAGUAAAAUUCAAAAGUUGUCUUCACCUUCUAAACCACUUACUCAUCUUGAUCAACUUCUACAUAGUGAUGUGAAAAUUAUGAAUAUUGAUAUGUUUAGUUUGGCGGUUGAAUUAGUUAUUUGCAUUGGUUGGUGUUGGGUUGAUGGAAAAUUAACAAAUUCAGGAAAUGUAUUAAUAUAUAAAGUGGCUGAUGGAAGUGUGGAUGAAUUGUAUGUAAUGCGUUUAACAUUAGUAGCCUACUUAUUCCAAGUAAUUGAAUCAUUUGAAUCUUCCGAAUUUCCUGUAUCUUUGGAAAAUACUGAGCUUGGAAAUUUAAUUAAAUCUGAAAUAAAAGAGGAUGUAGAGGAGAUGGAUUCUGUAGCUUCUCCUUUUGUUGAAGAAUUUUUGUCACGUUUGAAAGAACUUUUCCCUCAACGACGGUGGUGCUAUAAGCCAAAAAGUGGAAUUGAGUUAUAUUAUCGACUCCAUUUGGCAACAAUUACAUUCUUGCGUCCUUUAGCCAUUUUAUAUAAUUGUAUCACACUUGUUCCACCACCUGAAUCUUUGAAAGAUCCUUCAUUGGAUGGUUUUGUACCUUUAUGUCGUUAUCUUGGCCUCCCUUCUACAAUUUUGGAAAUACUUGGAGGUGUUGAAGUUGAACAACUCUUUCGAAUGUGUCCAAUAAUCGGUGAAUUAACAACAAUGGUUCCAACAUUGUGUUUAUGUUGUGGAACAAUUUUAUGCUCUCAUAGUUAUUGUUGUGAAACUGAGGUUGUUGGUAAAAAGAUGGGAGCCUGUGCUUAUCAUUUAAGUCAUUGCCAUGGUUCUACGGGAAUAUUUUUGAGAAUUCGUGAAUGUCAAAUUUUCUUUCUUUAUAUUGCUGGUGAAUCUAUUAGAGGUUGCUUUAAAAAUGCGCCUUAUGUUGAUGAGUUUGGAGAGACUGACCCAGGAUUUAGACGUGGAAAUCCUAUGCGUUUAAACAAAGAACUUUAUUGGAAAAUUCAAAGGCAAUGGUUACAUCAAGAAAUUGCCGAAGAAGUUAUAAAUCAAUAUGAGUUGAAUCAUCGAAAUAUUGCCUAUGAUUGGCAACAUUUUUGA